CCCCAUGAGCAGCGGCGUCCGCUCCCGCCCGGUGCUGCGGUGGCGACAGCGGGCCGGCUCUGCAUGGCCCCGGCUGUGGAUAUGACCGCCGCGCCCACCGGGGUCCGCAGCGACGAGCUGCCCGCAUCCGCUUUCAGCAAGCCCGGCGGCGGCCUCCCCGUCGCGGCGGCGAUGGGCGGGGAGGAGGAGAACGACAAGCCCAAGGUCUCCCCAUCCCUCCUGCCGUUCAGCGUGGAGGCGCUUAUGGCCGACCAUAGGAAGCCGGGCGGCAGGGAGGGCCCCGAGGGCGCCGGGCCCCCGCCGGUCGCCGGGGCGGCCGCCCGCCUCAGCCUCAGCCCCCGCCUGGGUGCCCUGACGGCGGAGGCGCCGGCCUCUCCGCUGCCUCUCGGCGGCCACUUUUCCGUCGGGGGGCUGGUCAAGCUGCCCGAAGACGCUCUCGUCAAGGCGGAAAGCCCCGAGAAGCAGGAGCGAAGCCCCUGGAUGCAAAGCCCACGGUUCUCGCCGCCUCCCCCGAGGCGGCUGAGCCCCCCGGCCUGCACCCUGCGCAAGCACAAGACAAACAGGAAGCCCCGGACACCCUUCACCACGGCGCAGCUGCUGGCCCUCGAGAGGAAGUUUCGGCAGAAGCAGUACCUGUCCAUCGCCGAGCGCGCCGAGUUCUCCAGCUCGCUCAGCCUUACCGAGACCCAGGUGAAGAUCUGGUUCCAGAACCGGCGUGCCAAGGCCAAGCGGCUCCAGGAGGCGGAACUGGAAAAGCUGAAGAUGGCAGCCAAGCCCAUGCUCCCUCCCGCUGCUUUCGGCAUCUCCUUCCCACUGGGCGGCCCAGCUGUGGCCAGUGCCUCUCUUUACGGGGCGUCCAGCCCUUUCCAGCGGGCAGGGCUGCCCGUGGCUCCUGUGGGACUGUACACGGCACAUGUGGGAUAUAGCAUGUACCACCUCACAUAGAGCUGAGCCCCGUCGAGCCCAGCCUGCCGGCUCUCCGCUCCUGCUGGCCCCUCGCACACUCCCUCCCUACUCCUCUGGCUCCUUGCUGCGGUCUUCUCCACGGACCCCGUGGCAGAGACUUCUCUAGUCCAGCUCUGCUCAGCCUCUGCUUCCCUCUGUGAUGCUAUUCUCCCCCGUUUCACACUCCUCAGCAGUCCUGGGAGCUGCUCUGGGUUUCUGGCUGGCAGAAACCUGAGGCAUCACCCCAGCCCCUCUCCGGCACAGGACAGUGAUGGGCCAACCCUGUUCUGCUUCCCCGGGUCCCGCUGGCAGCCUGGGGAGAGCCCCUUGCUGUGGGGGAAGGAACUAUGGAUGAGAAACGGCAAAAAGGGGGCUGAAAGACAGGACGUUUCUUUUUUUUCUGCAAGGCAAGGUCAAGAGGCAGAAGUGUAGUGCAGCCUCUCCCGACCCUGUGUAACAGCACCGUCUGUUACCUGUGUUUGUUCCUUCACUAGCUCCUUUGGAAGGGGCUCUGUGUACUAUGUAAU